ACCACAUAUGUUGCUAUUUAUUUCGUUUUGGUUUACAUUUUUGAGCGAAUCAAGUCCGUAAUUUAAAAACAAGUGUUAUCAUAUGAACUAAAAAUUAUAAGAAUGCAAGAUUUUGAAGCAAAACGCAAUGCUUUAUUUGCAUGCCUUGAUAAUGCAAGUAAAGAGUUAUCUGGAACAGCUUUGGAUCAAAGCCAGUCUGCAAACCCUACAUUAGGUCUUGUGUACCGCCGCGGCAUAUCAAAGAAGUGCAGGAGUCUAAUGUCUCCUGAUAAAAGUCUAUCGCGAAUGCGUGGAAAAGAAAGCAUAUUUAAGAAACCUGAGAUGCCGCUAUCAAAAUGUUUGAAGCCUCGUAGAGUACCAGAUUAUAAGGUUAAUCCACAGAAGUGGACAAAAUAUUCACUAGCCGAUGUGGAUAUUUCGGAUCAUACAAAUACAGCCGCAGCAUUUCAAUUCUUAAAAGAAAUGGAUGAACAACUUGAAGAACGAGAAGGAAAAGAUGGCACUUCACUCGAAACAAAUAGCAGAAUUGAAUUCAAAAAGUCUAGCAAAUUAAGAAAACAGAUAAGAGAUAAAGAAGAGGACGAGGUUAAAGAUGCUGAGGUGGACAAACCAAGAUUAAAAGGGUCAAGAGUAGUUAUGCCGGAAUAUGUUGUUGGACAGCAAAGAGAUACAAAGAAGAAAAAACUUGUAAAGUCCGUUGAAAAUCAAAUUCGAGCUGCAGGCACGUUAAGGCUACAGCACUUGCAAGAAGACGACGAAGAUACUGAAGAGAGUUAAAUUAUAACGCAAAUCAUCAUAGUUUAUACUAUAUUAGAAAUAGUAAACAAGAAAAAACGUUAACUUCGGUUGCACCGAAGCUACAAUACCCGUCACAAAUAGAAAGGCUCCUUACAAAAACUUGACUCCGAUCGUUCAAUUUGUAUGAAGAUACCUAGUCAAAUGAAAAAGUUUUCCAUGCAAGCUUUUUACUCUGAUCUUUUAGUUAAUAUGGCAGCUAUAUGCUAUAGUCAUCCGAUCUAUAUCUAUAUAUGUAUAUAGGCAGACGGACAUGGCUAAGUCAACUCAGCUCAUGCUGAUCAUUUAUGUAUAUAUUUUAUAGGGUCUCGGACAUUUCAUUCUGGGUGUUACAAAUUUCGUGGCAAACUUAAUAUACCCUGUUCAGGGUAUACAAAUUGUGGAACACGUGAAGCAUAUACUGCUCUAUGUAAAACUAAUCAGCAAUAAUAUUUAAACGGGCUAACCUUAGACGGAUGAAUGAAUUUUAGAUGCAGAGAAUGUAAUUUGACAUAUUGUCUUAAAAAGUUUCAAAGGCAUACAUUCAAUAAGUCAAUUAUUUCGUAAUAAAAUUAUUUGUUAAUUGAUCAUUUGUUUUAUAGACUAAUAAAAGAGAAUGUAGAUUAUAUAUAAUCUUCGUGAACAAGUACCAUUUGAGAGUUGUCAGCACUGGGAAAAUUUCUUCGUGAACAGCUGGUUUAAUGAAAUGACAGCUGUUUGUGUAUAUUAAAUUUAAUACAGGAACUCUAAUAAACACUGAAAUUUGGACAGUUUUUAAAAGAAAAAUAAUAAACAAGUAAACCGACUAAGUUUCAAGUUAGAACUUAUUUGAAACUGAAAGUAGAGAAUGGUUUGCGCACUAGGUAUUGAAGGAAGUGCAAAUAAAAUUGGUGUUGGCAUUAUACGUGAUGGAGAAGUUUUAGCCAAUGUGCGGCGUACCUAUGUGACACCGCCUGGAGAAGGAUUUUUACCCAAAGAAACUGCUGCGCACCAUAAAGAUGUCAUUCAUCAACUUAUAAAACAAGCUCUGAAAGAAUCAAAACUUCUCCCAAAUGAUUUGGAUGUCAUAUGUUAUACUAAAGGUCCCGGCAUGGCGCCUCCCCUUUUGAUCGGUGCAAUAGUGGCACGAACACUGUCGUUAUUGUGGGAGAAACCGCUUUUGGGAGUAAACCAUUGUAUUGGUCACAUAGAAAUGGGACGUCUAAUAACAGGCGCCUUGAACCCGAUUGUGCUCUAUAUAUUGCCGUUGGCAAUUGUCUUGACAGAUUUGCGCGGAUUAUUAAGCUAUCUAAUGAUCCUAGCCCGGGUUAUAAUAUCGAACAGUUAGCUAAGAGUGGACAAAACUAUAUCAAACUUCCAUAUGUUGUCAAAGGCAUGGAUGUAAGCUUUUCAGGUAUUCUUUCACACAUUGAAGACCUUGCCGAUCCUAGCAAAAGACGCAAUAAACGUAAGAAGGGCGUAAUAACUGCCGAAGAGUCAGAGUAUACGAAGGAAGAUCUUUGCUAUUCAUUACAAGAAACUAUUUUUGCAAUGCUGGUAGAAAUUACGGAACGCGCAAUGGCACACUGCGAAUCGAAUGAGGUGCUGAUUGUGGGUGGCGUGGGAUGUAAUGAGCGUCUGCAAGAAAUGAUGCGCAUUAUGUGCGAGGAGCGUGGUGGGAAGCUAUUUGCUAUUGACGAGCGUUAUUGUAUUGACAAUGGAUUGAUGAUUGCACAUGCGGGCGCUGAAAUGUUUCAUUCUGGCACUCGCAUGCCUUUCGAAGAAUCAUCCGUAACGCAACGUUAUCGUACAGAUGAAGUGCUGGUUACAUGGCGGGAUGAUUAACAUAAAUAUACGUUAUAUACAUAUGUAUGUAUAUACAAUUUGUAAAAGUGAGAAGCAAAAUUUGAAAAAAAAGUUCUUUAACUUAAAUUUUCCCGAAAAAUAAAUAUUUCUGUUACAAUUUAUUAUAGUACUACUUUUGAUAA